CAAUUACGCAUUUUGCAUUAGUGUCGCUGAUUAAACUUUAUUGUCACGUGAUAUAAACUUCCGGUUUUUGGAAAAUAAAUUAUUCCCGCCAAGUUACAGUAUUUUGUGACUGAUGAUGCCUGGGGUACGACCCAGGAGAGCUGCCCAUGAUGCAGUACAAAGUAUGGCAGAGCCUGGAUCUGAAUUAUCCAUGGACAAUGAUCAUGAUAAUGACAGUGAUGAGGAAAUGGCAGUUGUACGUCCUCUGACCAGCGGCCGUGGCAGGAAAAAGAAAACUGAUGGAACUACGGUAUCAAGACGUGGUAGAGGUGGUGGUAGGGGUAGAGGUCGUGUAGCUGCUCACGUUGAAGAGGAAGAAGGUGGCGGAUCUUUGUUUGAGAUAGUCAAGGCAGGGAGGGCUUCUCUACAGACUGUUGUGGAUGAUUGGAUAGAGAACUAUAAAUCCGACAGAGAUUCUUCGUUACUUGAGCUUAUACAGUUCUUCAUACAGUGCUCUGGCUGUAAAGGAAAGAUAACUCCGUUCAUGUAUUCCAACAUGGAACAUGCAGAGAUCAUUAGGAAAAUGACAGAAGAAUUUGAUGAGGACAGUGGAGAUUAUCCCCUCAUUAUGACGGGUCCGUCAUGGAAGAAAUUUAAGCCCAAUUACUGUGAGUUUGUGCAGGUUCUUGUACGACAGUGCCAGUACAGUAUCAUUUAUGACCAGUACAUGAUGGAUAAUGUCAUAUCAUUAUUAACUGGACUUACUGACUCACAGGUCAGAGCUUUCAGACACACAAGCACAUUGGCAGCGAUGAAACUAAUGACGGCCCUCGUAGACGUUGCUUUAAACCUCAGUAUAAAUUUGGACAACACACAGAGACAGUAUGAAGCUGAACGACAGAAAACCAAAAACAAACAAGCCACAGAACGUCUGAAUUUACUCCUAGUCAAACGUCAAGAAUUGGAAGAAAAUCAAGCUGAAAUUAGAAAUAUGCUGACAUACAUUUUUAAAGGAGUAUUUGUCCAUAGAUACAGGGAUACACAGGCGGAGAUCAGGUCAAUCUGUAUGAAGGAGAUUGGAGUAUGGAUGAAGAAAUAUCCCAACAUGUUCCUUGAUGAUGGUUACCUCAAAUAUGUUGGCUGGACUUUAUAUGAUAAGGUUGGGGAUGUAAGACUUGGUUGUCUAAAAGCGUUAUAUCCUUUGUAUGAUACAUCAGAUCUCUGUCAUAAAUUGGAGUACUUCACAAACAGGUUCAAGGAUCGUAUAGUGGAAAUGACACUUGAUAAAGAGACAGAAGUGGCGGUACAAGGUGUAAAAUUAGUCAUCAGUAUUCUAAAUAGUUUUGGUGAUGCAGUGUUGAGUGACAAAGAUUGUGAGAAUGUGUAUGAACUGGUGUAUUCAUCCCAUAGACAGGUUGCGCAAGCAGCUGGAGAGUUUCUGAAUGCCAAGUUGUUCAGACAUGAGGACGAUGAUGCCACUGUUGCUAAAACAGCGAAGGGGAAAAAGAGAAGUCCAAAUACACCUCUCAUCAGAGAUCUGGUUCAAUUCUUCAUUGAAAGUGAGUUACACGAACAUGGAGCAUACCUUGUUGACAGCCUGUGGGAUAUCAAUCCAAUGAUGAAAGAUUGGGAAUGUAUGACUGAUCUACUCCUUGAAGAACCAGGCAAAAAUGAAGAAGCCCUAGAUGACAAGCAGGAAACUAGUUUGAUAGAGAUCAUGGUAUGUUGUGUAAAACAGGCAGCCACUGGUGAAUCCCCUGUUGGUAGAGGGCAUGGUAAACAAAAGUUAACAGCAAAAGAGAAGCAGUCAGUACAAGAUGACAAGACAAAGUUGACAGAACAUUUUAUUUCAGCGCUUCCACAGCUCUUAUUGAAGUACUUGAUGGAUCCAGAGAAAGUUUCUAAUCUACUACAGAUCCCCCAGUACUUUGAUCUAGAAAUUUACACCUCCAGUAGACAGGAAAAGAAUUUAGAGAGCUUAUUGAGAUACUUACAUGAGAUAGUAGAGAAGCAUACUGAUCAGGAAGUACUGGAAUCAUGCUCUAAAUGUUUUGAGUGUUUGUGUGACGAGGCUUACGCUAUCAGUGGUAAAUGUGAUGUUGCCAGAAAAACACUCAUUGACAGCCUGGUGGUGAAAUUCAAAGAAGCAAUGCAGGACUUCUUUGCUGAGGGAGAGCAACCUGAUGAAGAUGAAGUUUAUGCAUUGAUUGCAGCCCUUAAAAGACUGUAUGCUUUCUCAUGUUGUCACGAUCUGAGUUCAUGGGACCUUUGGGAUGACAUGUUCCACAUUGUACGUCUCGCUUCGGAGAAUGUGGAACUGGCCGACGAGAUUGUUAGUAAAGCUCAGACAACCAUACACAUGUUGUUACUGUGGAACUUGCGACUCAUCGAGGAAAACUCUAACCCAGAUUAUGUUCAAACCAUUAAAAAACAUCAAAUGACUUUCAUGAGAUACCUACAUCAGUUGUUAUACCAUAGUAGAGAUAGAAUCAGUGAAGAUGCAUAUGUUACCAUAUGUGACUCACUAAUCAUCUUCAGUAAGAAUUUAGGAGAGAAGGAAAUGUUGCGACCACUUGUAUUUGAACCAGAGAAAAGUUUACAAAACCAGCUGAGCUCAUUUCUAAUGGACAAAGUCUUCCUAGAGGAUGAUGAUGAUGAUGUUGAUGAGAAUAUAAAGAUUGAAGAACUUCACAAGAGAAGAAACUUCCUGGCUUGUUUUUGUAAACUGAUUGUCUAUAAUGUUCUUAAUAUCAAGGUGGCAGCUCCCAUGUUCAAACAUUAUAUGAAGUUUUACAACGAUUAUGGUGACAUCAUAAAGGCGACUAUGAGUAAAGCACGAGAAAUCAACAAAGUUCAUACAGCUAAAACGUUAAUCAUGAGUCUCACACAGUUAUUCAAAGAGCUACAAGAUGAACAAAGGGGCAUGAUAGACAGAUCAUCAGACGCCUUUCAAUCCAUCAAGGAAUUGGCACGAAGAUUCUCACUCUCAUUUGGACUGGACCAGGUUAAGAACAGGGAAGCUGUUGCAGCCAUGCAUAGAGAUGGUAUAUUGUUCAGUAUCAACAAUGUUGACCCUAAUGACCUCAGUAAAGCCCCGCCCAAUAUAUCAUUUCUGGAGGUACUGUGUGAGUUUACCAACAAACUUAUGAAACAGGAUAAGAAGACAGUGUUGAACUAUUUGGACAAACAGUUGGCAGGUGUUCCACCAAUAUCGAGGAACUCGGAAGACUGGCAAGCCCUGCUUACAUAUCGUAACAGCUUGGUACAGGGAGAACAUGAAAUACAUCCUAUCACCCUGAAACAGGCCGCACAGAAACGUUACGGCAAGAAGAGAAAUGUCACCAAUAUUGAUGGAACACUAGCAGAAGAAUCAUCUAACCAAAGUUGGGACACGGCAACCCCAGCACCUGGUCUUGGUAUGCCUCAGCAUCAGUCCACGGCAGUGAAACGACGUAGAAUGGAUGAGGAAAGUGCGUCAGAACAAGGUUCUGAAGCUGAUUUCACAGAAUCUUCUGUGUGGGGAUGAUUACAAUACCAGACUGACCUUGGCUUUGAGUGGAAACCUGCGCUUGUUCAGAACCUACAUUGUAUAUUUUCAGUGUUUUAGGGAUUUAAGUUUAAAACCUAUUAGUCCAUUGGUAUAUAUGAUAACAACUCACAUCUGUGUGUUCAGUGAUAAAAAAGUGCCUUCAUUUUAAAUAGGGAGAGAAAAACUCAGAGUUUUAAACUAUCAUAUUUGAGAAAAAAUCAUAUCCCAAAGAUUUGAUGUGACUAAUGUUCCAUACUUUUGAAAGACAUGCUAGAGACAGAAUUUUCAGUAAAAAAUGAGGAAAAAAGAACUUGAUUAUGGUUUUAUCUGAACAUGGUGAAUAUUGAUUAUAAACCAACAAGUUUGUUAUAUAAGAUGAAAUAGUAAAAUAAAACUGUAAAAAUUGUAAAAUUAUAUUUUAAUCAGUUCCUCAGCUACAAGGCAAUUGUUACCUUUUAUAAACAAUACUCUGGUUAUGAGAAAAUUGACAAUGAGGAAGACUAGGUUAAUUACACCCUUUAAUAAACGUGCUUAAAAUAUGUUUAUACAAUACUAACAUGUCUGUAAAUGACCAACUGUGGCUUAAAUAAGACCAUAUUGUGUGUUAAAAUGUCUCGAAGUUCUUCAGUUUAUUGAUAUCAAGUUGCAAUUACUUACAUUAAAUGUUUUCUUGCUUCAUUAUGAAUAGGUCAUACAUUUCAAAUAUCAUUUCAGAUAAUGUGCCAUGUCACUCCUACAUAGUUUUAAUAUUAAGAUAUCAUUUGCUACAUAGUUAUAAUUAUCACCAACAUCUGUAUCAUUCUACAUUAAACAUUGUGUUCUGGUUUGAUGAUUGGUUUUUUUUUACAUCUUUUAAGGUAGAAAAGCCUUUGACAGGUCAACUUUCACAUCUAUGCAGUCUGACCAGGCACUUGACAUUCCCUAAAUCGAUAAUACACAAUUCUCAAAUUGAAAGUUAGACAAAGCUAUGUAAGAAAUCUUGCAGGAAACUCAAAGGAGUUAAUUUUUAUUGUAAUACUGCACAUUUUAUAACAUCAUUUUUUCAUUGGAUAACUGUGAUGCUUAUACAUGUAUAAUCAAUAUACACAACUCCAGUGGAUUUAGGAAGUAAUUGACAGGAUAUUUGGCUGUUUAUAAACAGUUAUUUGCAAUAUACCCAGUGCCUAACGGCUUGGGUUAUGUAUACUAACAACAAUUUAUAUAGGGCCAUAUAACCUGUUAAAGAUCUUUAACAUGUUAUUUCCAUUUGUUGUAAUUUAAGGAGAAAAUAAAUGAGACUUCAGUUCAGAAUAUAAAGAUCUGAUUUAAAAAAACAGUUUUACUUGUACAUUAAGACUCCACUUCCAUUGUUUUAGUGUCAAUGUUGUGCAUAUUAUAUACUUAGAAAUAGUGUAUGCAUUUGUGUAGCUGAUUGAAAUAGUUUAUAUGUUAUGUAAAUAUUGUAACUUUCUCUAUGUAGAUUGUUUUUGUGAGCAGAACAAAAUUUUAUCAUGUAUUAAAUUUGCAUCAUUUCUCUCUUGUAUGAAGUUUUGCUACUUUGUGUAUUGAGAAAACCAAAAAAAUAAAUUUAUUAAAACAUUC